UCUGUUUUGUCUAGUUUUGUUGUCUACCCAUCAGUACAUGGCAUAUGGGCUUUAUGGAUUGAAGGCCCGUUAACAGCAGAGUCCAUCGGCCCAAUAUUAGGAUUCAACGAAGGAUACGAGCACUUGCCCACCUUGGCCCAUUUGAGCCUCGCACUUUCACACAUAUAUAAUUAGAUAUAUACUCUGCAAUCUGGACCAUUGAUUAUUUCAAUCAAUGGUUCAGAUUGUAGCCCUAAACCUAAACCUAAAAGGUCAAUACUCGAAUUUCACUCGCUCAAUCUCCGACUCACUGUCGGCUGCCCCGCACCGGUUCACCGGCCACUGCGACUCUGUCUCUCAACCUCUGCAACUCUACCUAAAGCCCUCAACCUCUGCGACUCUGCUCUCAUUAUCUCUCUGGUUCGCAUUUGACUAUUUGAGGUCCGUCUUUCACUCUUUUGAGUCAAUCUUGAUGCUAGAAUAUUGGGUAUACUAAACGAUGCGUGAAUGUUGAUGCUUCACGGCUUUUGAUUUUCGGUCAAGCUCUGGUUUAGUGGCAGUGAUCAAUGGAGGGCAUGCAUGUAUCCGAGGCUAAUUUGAUAGUUUACGUGCAUCCAUCAAAACACAACAAGAUCCAUCAAGCAAUUCUCCGCAACCUCAGUUCCUUGCUUUUCCAGUUUAAUGAAACUUUUGAAGGCAUUGUAUUGGCUUAUGAUUUCAACAUUUUGGAUAACUACUCAAAAGUUCUCCCAGGGAUUUACCCGUAUUUGGCUGUUAAAUUGAAAGCAAACUUAUUAGUUUUUUCACCAAAGCAAGAAAUGCUUAUAGAAGGGAAGGUGGUGAAAAUCACGCCGGAAUCCAUUCAUGUCAUCGUUCUUGGUUUUUCAUCUGCCAUUAUAGCGUACGAAGAUAUCCGUAAAGAAUUCAAAUAUGAAACUAGAAAGGGUGAAGAAGUAUUUGCCAACAGAUUGAACAAACGACAUGUUAUAAAGGUUGGAACUAUGAUACGUUUCUUGAUCAAGAGUUUUGACGAAGCUGUUCUGCACAUUUCUGGAUCAUUAAUGCCAGAUAACACUGGAAGCAUUCGUCGGUUGGAUAGAAUUUCGGAAGAUAGUGUACAGACUGACAGUGCAAAGAGGCGAAAAGAAAGGGUAGGAGAAAUGGGAAUGAGGGAAAGCAUGGUUGGUACUGAGGGAGCAUCUUCCUUGAACGAUAACCAUGCAAGGAAGUCAAAGAAACAUAAAAUUUCACAAGAUCAUUGAAGGGUGCAGUGGAACCUGUUUGUUUUGGCCUCCACCUUGUUUACAGGCACAUAAAGCCUAUCAAGUAUAUCACAGUGCUUGCAGCUCCAUGACAAGAGCCAUCCAUCGCAGAAUGUAAGAAACACAACAAUAUAGUUGUGUAGCUAUCGAGGUAUCGUCUAUGUGGUUUUUUGUAGUAAGAAGGAUCAAGAUGUGUUGCAAUGUGUUUCUGACAAACAGACGGCAUUGCAAUUCAAUGGGGGGAGAAUUUUAGCAUGCCUUCCAAGUUUCAAACAUAACCAGUCCAAGCCAUUGAACACUCUUUAUCUUUUUUCUCGCAGAAAUUGUGAUGUAGUGACAUACAUUAUAAAUGUUGCAUGACAUGAUAAUCUAAAGGGCAAUGUUACAUCCUUCA